ACCACGCUCUCACGCUCUGCACGAAAUACAUAUUCUGCAUCUGGGCCAAAUGUCUCUCCCCGCCUCUCUCUCUGAGCUGUUGGAGUUCGUCGACUUCAAUCAGCGGAGCUUCUAUGUCUCGGCCGCUUCCAUCGCCUUUAACCCGACCUUUUGGAACAUUGUCGCCCGCAGAGAGUACCGCACCAGGUUCCUGACUCGUGCCUUCGGUGGCAACAGCCAAAGAGCAUGCUACGCCCUCGCCAUAACCAUCUUCUCGCUCGGCCUCCUCCGUGACUUCCUCUACGAGCGCGCCCUGCGUGACCAGCCGUCGCACCCCGCCCUCGAGGGCCCGCUCGCCCAGUACGCCGCGUACGCGCUGUUGGGCGUGGGCAACCUCUUUGUCAUUUCCUCGACCUGGCGGCUGGGCAUCACGGGAACUUUCCUGGGCGACUAUUUCGGGAUCCUGAUGGAUGACAUUGUGACGGGUUUCCCGUUCAACAUCACCAACGCCCCGAUGUACUAUGGCUCGACCAUGAGCUUCCUGGGCAGCGCCAUUCUGUACGGAAAGCCGGCGGGCAUCCUCCUUACCCUGCACGUCCUGAUCGUCUACCUGGUGGCCAUUCAGUUCGAGAAUCCCUUCACCGCUAGCAUCUACGCUAAGCGGGACAAGGAGAGGGCCAAGGCCGACGGGAAGCCGUACGAGAGCAAGAAGGAGCUCUGAGCAAGCCACGCAUCUUAGCCGGUUCCGGCGCGACGAAUGGGAGAAGUGCAAGGGCCAUGGCGCGAUCCGGCCACAUGUCAGCUAAACGGGUGCACGCCGCGUGCUCGCGAUCUGGUCCACGCCAUGGCCAGCAUUGGGCAGGCCCGAGACCUGGCCCAGCGAAGCGAGACCCAACCCGACAACUCGAAUCUUGCCGACGGUAUCCAACGAGGCUCUCCCCUCAACGACGGUGGUUGUGGUGCACGAGGCACCCGGCAGAGGAUCGGCCACACCGAGGGUUCGAGGUAGCUCCGUCCGAUGUCGUUGGUCAUCAACUGGCCCAACAAGCCAAAACCAGGUAGACGCAGACAGGUAUAUGGAAUAUAUAAUACACUCUACUCG